AUGGCGACAACGGCGGCAGACGGCACUGCCCAGCCCACGGCCAACGAAAAGUUCUUUCGCUAUUUCCAGCAUGAAGUCACAGACCUCCAGGACCAGAUGAGCCGCAUCGAGAACACGGCCUCCUCAGGUGGCGAACGAGCAGACGCCGUCGACCACUGCCUCUCAGCAAUCGCUCGGCUCUCCAAUGAAGUCCAGGAUGCCUCCUCCUACAUUCCCGCUUACGACCAGCGAACUUACGGAGAUGCGAUCAAAGCGUUGAACACCAAACUGCAGGAUGUCCGAGCCGUGCAUGCUCCCAGGCAGAAGUUUUCGUUCAAGAACAAGUCAUUGUUCAGCGCGCAGAAGAACCCUUCUGCGAUUAGUUUGAACGACGCCGCUGACAUGGCGGAUCAGAAGCGGAAGCAGAUCCCGGGUCAUCUUUCGGAUGUUUCGAACAACAGCAGCUACGUGAACACGCCUGCGAGCAAUCUCACGCCAUCUCGGGAGAAGGACCAAGAAGAAGCUGAGAAGCAAGACUCUGGCACCGAAGCCACCCAACCCAGCAACGACGCCUCCAAAAACACCCUCUCCCCGACCACCGCCCGCACCAUCCGCCAACCCUCCUUCUCGCAAAGCACCUCCGUCACAAUCAGCGACCACGACAACAUCCACAUCGUCCUCCCCACCGCCGCCAGCCACGCCACGAGCUCCGGCACGGUCUCCAACCUCUCCCACUCCAUCAUCGACCUCUCCCCACCGACAACCACCACCAACGGCCAACCCUUCGCAACGCUAACCCUCAAAAACAUCUCCCACUCCCUCAUCAUCUGCGGCCACGUCUCCGGCGCCGCCCACCUCACCAACAUCAAAAACUCCGUCCUCGUCGUCGCCGCCCGCCAGUUCCGCAUGCACGACUCCGCCAACUGCGCCGUCUACCUCCUCGCCACCUCCCGCCCCAUCAUCGAGGACUGCUACGAGAUUCGCUUCGCGCCCCUCCCGCAAGCGUAUAUGACGGAGCGGGAUCAGGACGUCGAUAAUAAGUGGGCGAAUGUGGAUGAUUUCAAGUGGUUGAGGAAUGAGCCGAGUCCGCAUUGGAGGGUUUUGGAGCCGGGGGAGAGGGUGGGUGAGGGGGUUUGGAGGGAGGUCGUGCCUGGUGGGCCGGACUUGGGUGUGGAGGAGAUUUUGAAGGCUGUGAAGGGUGAGGGUUGA